AUGAUGCUCCUCCCAUCACUUCUAGCAGUGCUAGUGCACCUAACCUCCUGGACUCCACCCGUAGCUGCCUCCCUCAGAAUCACAACCGACCACCAUUCCUUUGGCGGUGUCAACUAUCCUCAACUCCAGUUCUUCACCCCCCAACACCGCGAUGACAGCAUCCGGGAAAUCGUCAAAAGCGGAGCAAGAGUAAUCCGCCUAUUCAUCCGUCCAGACCAGCAACACCUCGAUCCGGAAGGUGAGCUGGGCGGCUUCGACAAGUCUCUCCUCGACCAGUUCGACGAUACCCUGGCCGCUAUCCACCACCUAUCCAAAGGUCAGUUGAAAGUCAUCAUCGCACCCCAUGACGCGCAUGCGCUCCGCGGCUCAAAUGGUGUACCUUGCGAUGCGUACUGUCAAAAGCUCGACGGCGCGUUUCUCGAUUUUUACAGCAGCGAAGAGUACCGGAAUCUGUACAAGACGCGGCUUGAAGUCUUCUUCAAACACUAUCCAUCCAAGAACUUUGACGGUCGUUCGUGGAGCGAACUGUCAGAAGUCAUUUUAGGUGUCGACCUGCAAAACCAGCCCUUUUCCGGUAUAUCGCCCAUUCCAUCUGGUUUCUGCAACGACCACGGGCGAUGUGAUUACGUCCCCAAAAAGAAGAAGAAGAGUAUGGGACCGGGUGGUGCGAGGGGAAAGAGAAACACAAGGAUUGCUGGUGUGCCAAAGGGACAUGAACGUGGGCCGGCGAAAGUAAGGGAUGAGGCCAUGAGGAUCAAUAUACCAAAGGACAAGGUUGUUGAGACGGGAGGACCGGCUGCUACAGCGUGA